AUGACGAACCUCGUCAAUGGCAUCCAUAAGGGUGUUGACAAACUCCACAUCAACGGCAACGGCGUCGCGAAAGACGCCAGCCCACGCGUAAGGAUGGAUCGCAAGCAGUCGAGCCCCAUGAUGCCGGCCUUUAUGGUCUCGGCGCCGGGCAAGGUCAUUGUCUUUGGCGAACAUGCCGUGGUGCACGGCAAGGCUGCGAUAGCUGCUGCGGUCUCGAUGCGCUCAUACCUUCUCGUGACGACGCUAUCAAAGUCAAAGAGAACAGUCUCACUCAGAUUCCCGGACAUCGACCUCUUCCACACGUGGAACAUUGACGAGCUGCCCUGGGAGACCUUUUCCGACCCCGCGAAGAAGAAGUACUACUACGACCUCGUCACGGCGAUCGACCCGGAUCUCUUCGAGGCGCUGCAGCCGCAUCUCGCCAAUAUAUCCCCCGAGAAAUCUGAACACGAACGAAAGAUCCACCAGAACUCUGCGUCGUCCUUCCUGUACAUGUUCAUGUCCCUGGCGAAUCAGAAGUUCCCGGGAUGUGUUUACACGUUGCGCUCUACCAUCCCCUUGGGCGCCGGGCUGGGAAGCAGUGCCUCUAUUGCGGUCUGCCUGGCAGCUGCUCUCCUGCUGCAACUACGGACGCUGUCUGGGCCCCACCCCGACCAGCCCCCAGAGGAGGCCCGUCUACAGGUGGAGAGGAUCAACAGAUGGGCUUUCGUCGGAGAAAUGUGCAUUCACGGCAACCCUUCCGGCGUCGAUAACGCCGUUGCCACCCAGGGCAAGGCAGUCGUGUUCCAGAGGACAGACUACACCAAGCCACCGGCGGUCAAGCCCCUCUGGGACUUCCCGGAACUCCCCCUCCUGAUUGUCGAUACGAAGCAACCCAAGUCCACCCACCACGAGGUCGCAAAGGUCGGCAGGCUGAAGGAAGCUCACCCGAAACUGGUGGGAUCCAUUCUGGACGCCAUGGACAAGGUCACACAGACUGCAGCAGCAACGAUAUCGGACGACGACUUUGAUAACGAAGAUUACGAGUCCCUGAGGAAGGUCGGCGAGCUCAUGACUAUAAAUCACGGCUUGCUGGUCUCUCUUGGCGUGUCACAUCCUCGGCUGGAGCGCAUCCGCGAGCUGGUCGAUCACGAGGGUAUCGGCUGGACUAAGCUUACGGGAGCCGGCGGUGGCGGCUGCUCCAUUACCUUGAUGAAGCCUGAUGUACCGCGAAGCAAGCUGGACAAGCUGGAGAAGCAAUUGGAAGAAGAGGGGUACGCCAAGUUCGAAACCACUCUGGGGAGCGAUGGCGUCGGCGUUCUUUGGCCGGCAGUCCUCAGGAACGGUAUGGACGACGAUGAAGAAGGCGGUAUGGAGAUUGAUGUGGAGAAGUUCCUGAAGGCCCCCGGCAUCGAGGGCGUUGAGCAGCUGGUUGGCGUCCAAGGGGGGGAUGGAGGCGAGCGCGAAGCCCUUCCAGCAAAAGAAGCUCCCGCACCGCCGCUACCCAGCACCGUCAACGAGCGCUCCCAGCAGCGCUUUAACCAGACGAACCCUUUCCACAAGACCCUCCAGGAGGUCGGACCCAGCGGCCUAUCCCCGGCCGACCGCAACGCCUGGGCCAGCGCCCACCUCGUGCGCGCAGCCGCAGCAGCAGCAGCAGCCUCAUCCUCGGCACGCAGCAGCAGCAAGCUCGGGAACAAGGCGCAGCGCGACCUCUGGCGGCAUGUCAACGAGGCCAGCCUGCCGCUCCGGACACUGAAGAGGCGCACGCAUCCCCAGCAGCAGCAGCAGCAGCAAGGCCUGCCUACUACCACCAGCACCGCCAGCGCCCCUACGCAGUGGGGCCGCGACCGACCGGGCCGCGACGUCGGCGAGUACACGCCCGAGCAGUUUGACCAGCGGGCCGCGCGGCGGGUGCACCUGACGGCGCUCGAGAUCGCGCACAGGGCCUUCCUGGACAGGCGGGACCGCGCGCGCAGGGGCGCGAUCGACCCGGACACGGGGAAGGCGACCGAGGUCGGCGAGGAGGACGUCGCGGAGGAGGCGCUGCGGCGGAGAGAGAUGGCGGAACUGAGGGCGGACCUGUACGGGGAGAGGUCGGACCCGUACGCGCGGGACCCGGCGUGGGACGACGUGGUGCCCAUACCGCAGGAGGACCCCGAGGGGGCGCUCGCUGCUAUUGCCUACCCGGAGGAUUAUGCUGAAGCCAUUGGAUACCUCAGGGCCGUCAUGGUCAAGCAGGAGUGCUCGCCGCGCUGCCUCAAGCUCACCGAGCACAUCAUCUCGAUGAACCCGGCGCACUACACCGUCUGGCUCUACCGCUUCUUCAUCAUCGCGGCGCUCGACCUGUCCAUCCCGGACGAGAUCAGGUGGCUCAACGGCGUCGCCCUCAACUACCUCAAGAACUACCAGAUCUGGCACCACCGCCAGCAGCUCAUGGACCAGUACUACCCGCAGAUCCGCGACGACCCCGGCCGCGUCGCCGAGGUCGCCGCCUCGGAGACCGAGUUCCUGACCGCCAUGCUGGCCGAGGACACCAAGAACUACCACGUCUGGUCGUACCGGCAGUACCUCGUGCGCAAGCUGGGCAACUGGUCCGCGGCCGAGCUCGCGGCCACCGAGAAGCUCGUCGACGACGACGUGCGCAACAACUCGGCCUGGUCGCACCGCUUCUUCCUCGUCUUCUCGGACCCGGCGCGCGCGACGCCCGGCUCGCACGCCACGGAGCGCGACGAGGCGGUGCCGCGGGAGGUCGUCGACCGCGAGGUCGCGUACGCGCAGGGCAAGAUCCGGCUGGCGCCGCAGAACCAGAGCCCCUGGAACUACCUCAAGGGCGUGCUGGCCAAGGGCGGGCGGGCGGCGUCCUCGGUCCAAGGGUUCGUGGAGGAGUUUGUGGAAGAAAUUGGUGAGGGGGAGGAUAAGGAGAUCGUCAGGAGCACGCAUGCCCUGGACAUGCUGGCGGAGAUCUACGCCGAGAAGGGGGAGAGCGACAAGGCGGAGGUGUGUCUGCGGAGGCUGGCGGAGAAGUGGGAUCGCAUCCGCGCGGGGUAUUGGGAGUAUAGGAGGGCUGGGCUGUCGAGCAAGUAA